UUGAUUCUACGGACGGUCCACGGCUAAGAAUCCUAAACCCACCUUAGUGCAUAUCAUCACCGCACCAGAAGUUGACGCCUUUAUUUAUAUUUGACUUGUAAAGAGGGCCCAUCUCUGGGAAAGCAGCUAGUUGUUACGACUUUGAGCAGAAGAGAGGAGGGGAGAAAAGGAGAGGGCUUUGGAGAGAAGCUGUGCGAAUUCCAUGGCUUUAACAUGUUAUGUUCUCAUCAUAUUUCUAUCGCUUAUACUUGUGUCGACUGCAAGGCCAAUUUAUCCUCUACCAAGUAAAAUAAGCCAUGGUAGCAAACAGCCUUUACAGACAUCUCGUCCAUAUAAUAUUGCACAUCGAGGAUCAAAUGGAGAGAUUCCUGAGGAAACUGCUGCUGCAUACAAGAGAGCCAUUGAAGAAGGAGUAGACUUCAUAGAAGCAGAUAUCUUAUCCUCCAAAGAUGGUGUUCUUAUAUGCUUCCAUGAUGUUACCCUUGAUGACACAACUGAUAUUGCAGAGCACAAGGAGUUCGCAAAUCGUAAAAGGACCUAUGAUGUGCAAGGGGUCAACACUACUGGCUUUUUCACUGUUGAUUUUACCUUUGAAGAACUUAAGACAUUGCGGGUGAAGCAGAGAUAUCUGUUCCGGGAUCAACAAUACAAUGGAAAAUUUUCUAUUAUCAGUUUUGAAGACUUCAUAUCAAUUGCACUGGAUGCACCAAGAGUCGUUGGAAUAUACCCAGAAAUCAAAAAUCCUGUACUUAUCAACCAGCAUGUGAAGUGGUCAGAUGGGAAGCGAUUUGAGGACAAGUUUGUUGGUACUCUUAAGAAGUAUGGAUAUAACGGUUCAUAUAUGUCAAAGGAUUGGCUGAAACAACCUAUUUUUAUCCAAUCCUUUGCUCCAACUUCACUCGUGUAUAUAUCAAAUCUGACAGACUCGCCCAAAAUCUUCUUGAUUGAUGAUGUUACCAUUCCAACUCAAGAUACUAAUCAGUCUUAUUGGGAAAUCACUUCUGAUGCUUAUCUGGACUACAUUAAGGACUACGUGGUGGGCAUUGGACCCUGGAAGGAUACAGUUGUUCCUGUGGUGAAUAAUUAUUUGCAAGCAUCUACAGAUCUUGUUGCCAAAGCACAUUCCCAUGAUCUACAGGUGCACCCAUACACUUACCGGAAUGAGGAUUCAUUCUUGCACUACAACUUUCAUCAAGACCCAUAUGAAGAAUAUGAUUAUUGGAUUAACACAGUAGGAGUUGAUGGACUCUUUACAGACUUCCCAGGCAGCCUCCAUAAUUUUCAGGAAUGGACUUCACCUCUCUCUAAAGAUGAAUGUGCAUCUAAACUAUUGCAUAAGAUAGCAUUGUUGACCGCUUCAUAUAAAAAUUGAUAAGAGAACCAAAUUUAGUUAAUUGUCAUCAUUAGGUUCAGAUUCUCCAGGCAACAUUUCUUAUUUGUUCAUAGGAGAGUUUCCGGCUUCCGUAUAUUGAAUUUCCUGCUGAGAAUAAUAAAUGACGUUUGAUGAGUUAUUCAAUAGAAAAUGUUAUAUUUUGCUUGUUUCA